GACCACGAAGGCAAUUAAGUUGUCAACUAGUGCAGUUCUUGCGUCGUUCCGGAUAAACCUUCGAGAUUCUUGAUGGAAAAUUUUCUCACAACAUUCAACGAGAUAGACAAAGGUCAGCGAAACGUCAUCUACAGAGAGGAUUUGCAAAAAUAUGUGGACGAAAACGAAUUAGACGAAAAAAUGGUGGAGCGUUGGUUGGAGGUGUUUGAUCUGGAGAAUAGGGGAAGAAUAACCUUGGAAAACUACUGCAGCGUUUUGGGAAUUUCAUUGGAAUCCGAAAAAUUAGAACAAAGCUUCGAGAGAGCCCUGUUUGCCAGCCCUCUGGAAAGUAGAAAUAUAGCACCAAUAGAGGUAAUUCACAGUCAGAUGGAGGAAUUUAUGCAGAACAGGGUGGUUCGCAUGUCCAACCAACUUAUUCCCUUAGACGACUUCGCACCCACGGAAGUAUUGGCUGAUGCAUCCAAAAAACUGAAAUCAAGCCUCGAACGUGCGUAUGGGUCAACGUGGCAAGUGGUUAUCAUUGAAGGAUCUUAUUGGACGACGCAUACACAUUCAGUUCGUCGAACGUUUCACUUCCGACACGGUUCAAAAAGCAUCGUGGUGUGGCAGACACCGAUUCGACGACGAUUGGAUCGAACCACAUCAUGAGAAAGUACAGUGAUAUUCAAAAAAACCAGAAUUUUUUAAUAGUAAUUUCAGAUGCACACGUUGGUUGGUUGUAAGUAAUUAGCAGUCAAGAUCUCUAUAAUUUUAACUUGAAAGUAAGUAAAAUAUUUUAUAGGCAGA